GAUUUGAGUCAGUUACUCUCAGCCGGCCAAUCAGAGUAGAGCCACAAACAGUUUCAAAAAAAAAAUUAAAUGUUUCUAUUUUAGAACAAGAAUCUUAAAUUUUUGUGUUAUUUUAUUUAAUUUUCUUAAAGUCCUUCGGACAGUCAUGCAGAGUCUAGUUUUUCAUAACAAUAGGGUUUUAUUGCAAUAUCUUAGCGAAAAAACAAAUAAAUUGUUGUUUCGGGAAAACCCAUGUCAAAAUUACUUAGUAAUCCUUUAUAUUUAUAUUAAUUGAAUACGAUAAAGAAAAAUAUUUUUUUGAAUAAGUGUGUUAUAUUUUGGUACAUAUGGCAGUAUGUCCUAAAUUUUAACAGUCUGGGAACUAAAUUCUUUAUGCUGUUGAUGAAAUGGAUACGUACUCGGUGGACGUGGUGUACCAAGCGAUCAACGCACUCUUUCAAGGAAAUAACCCCAAGGAGCAGGAAAAAGCCAACAAAUGGCUACAGGACUUUCAGAAGUCGAUUUAUUCCUGGACGAUUGCGGAUGAGCUCUUGCACCAGAAGAGAGAUCUGCAUGCGAAUUACUUCGCCGCCCAGACGAUGCGAAACAAGAUCCAAAACUCCUUCAGCGAACUGCCCCCCCACACUCAUGAAUCCCUGCGGGAUUCCCUUAUCACACAUAUUGGUCAAAUUGACGAGCAGACUGACAAUGUUAUAGUGACACAAUUGAGUUUGGCUGUGGCGGAUCUGGCCCUGCUGAUGGCCACCUGGCAGGAGCCAAUCAAUGAUCUCCUGGUAACUCUAGCGCCGUUUCCUGCUGCUGUGUGGCCUCUGCUAGAGGUGUUAAAAGUACUUCCAGAGGAAAUAGAUUCAAGAUAUCUGAGAUUGGGAGCAAAUCGGCGGGAGGAGGUUCACAAACAGCUUGACGCCAGUGCCGAGUGUGUUCUGAAGUUCCUGUGUAUGUGCCUGCAGCGCGACGAUCUCAACCAACAGCGCGUUUGGAAUGCCACCCUGCGAACAUACAGUGCCUGGCUGGUAAUCCAUGCCUUUCCCGUUGCACAUAUAUACAAUAACGCCCUCACCCAGUUGGCCUUUCGACUUCUCACGUUACCAGAUACCUCAGGAAAGCUCCACGAUAAUGCCUCCGAAUGUGUUUGUGCACUGCUCUCAUGUAUGAACACUCGCCAGGAUAACGCUACCGAAGGAGAGAGCUCUGUUGAGGCACAAAUUUUCGCAGCAGUGUGCUCGCUCGAAACACCCUACCACCUAAGUGUUGCUCAUGAGGACACUGACAAAACUAUUAACUACUGCCGCAUUUUUACUGCUCUGUGCGAUGCCUUUUUCUUUGAAAUUCUCGGUGAUCCCCAGAAGCCGCACUAUGGAUUAAAAGGAGUGGAUCUGGUGCUUCUUUGUGUAGGGCAUUUUGAUUACGAAGUUGCCGAAAUAACAUUUCAUCUGUGGUACAAGCUCAGCGAAGAUCUCUUCCAGCGGAAUGAUGAUCAACUGACGGCUAUGUUUCGGCCUCACAUUGAGCGAUUAAUCAGCGCCCUUUAUCGGCACUCUCAAAUGGAGAGUGAUCAUGAUGGCCUGAUAGAGGAGAACAAUAACUUUUAUGACUUUCGGCGUAAGGUCUCAGAUUUAAUCAAAGAUGUUGCCUUUAUAGUAGGAUCUGGGGCAUGUUUUAAACAAAUGUUUCUAAUACUGCAAACACCAGAUACCACUUGGGAGUCCACAGAGGCGGCUCUUUUUAUUAUGCAAAAUGUGGCCAAGAAUAUACUUCCAGAUGAAAACGAUGUUAUACCCAAGGUGGUGGAGGCCAUUUUGAACAUGUCUGAACAAACGCACAUAGCGGUCCGGUAUACGGCAAUUCUAUUAAUUGGAGAGCUCUGUGAUUGGAUUGAAAAUCAUCCUGAAUCUCUGGAAGCAGUCCUAAACUUUUUACUUUAUGCACUUCAGCAGAAAAAUGGACUAGCCCCUGCUGCGGCCAUGGCACUGACAUCUAUCUGUUCCGCCUGUCGCAAGAAGAUGGUGUGCCAUAUAAAUGGCUUGGUAGAGAUUGCCCGCAGUUUAGAGAGCUUUCAAAUCAAUAAUGACGUGGCUAUUGGCCUGCUUAAGGGUAUUUCACUUAUACUUACCCGGCUACCGAGGGAGCAACUACAGCCGGCUUUGCGCGAGAUAGUUGGCUUUCAACUUCAGCCGCUGGCACUACUAGUAGAAGGCAGUAGUGCAGCCAGCGUGCAGAAAGGAGAACGCAACGAUCCCGUAUAUUGGAUCGACAGAGCCUGUGCUGUAAUACGACACACGAAUCCGGACAUACCGGAUGCUGUAGAGCAUCCCACAGUGGCAAUUUUAAACGACGCUUGGCAGCUAAUCUCGCGAGUGAUGGACAAGUAUCAAACCGACCUGCGAAUCAUGGAGCGCACCUGUCGGCUGAUACGCUAUGGGAUUAGAAUGGUGCGAAAACAAGCGGUUCUACUGGUGGAGCCUCUUAUUAAGCAAAUGGUGGUGCUAUAUGCGGUGCAGCACCACAGUUGCUUCCUCUAUGUUGGCUCUAUACUGGUGGAUGAGUUUGCUAAGGCUCACGAAUGCAUUGGAGGGCUGUUGGAGAUGUUGCAAGCAUUUAUUGAGCCCACUUUUGGCCUGCUACAGAUGGAAAAUGGACUGCGCAACAAUCCGGACACCGUGGACGACUUUUUUAGACUUGCAUCGCGGUAUUUGGAUUGCUGUCCGCUGCAGCUGCUCCAGAGCAACCUGAUCACACCAAUCUUCCAGUGCGCACUCAUAGCCUGCUCUUUGGAUCAUCGUGAAGCCAACUCGUCGGUCAUGAAAUUCUUUAUCAAUAUCCUUGUUUGGGGUAGGCCAGUAGAUCAGUGGCUACCGAGCCAACAACGUCAUGACGAUUGUCGUCCUUUGGUUGUGGAGCUGGCUAACCAGCAUGGCUGUGCAUUAGUGAUGAACUUGAUCCAGGCCUCGGUGUUUCAGCUACACUCAUACAUGUUGGCGGAUGUGGGUGAAGUUCUGUACGAACUAAAGCAGGUUGUGGGUAAUGAGCGGAUGCGACCUUUUUUGGAGCAGGCACUGGAAGCAUUACCCAAAAAGAAUAGCGGUGGCUAUGUGACCGCUACACAACAGCAGUUGGACGAUUUUAGCUGCACGGUAUUAAGGGCGGACACAACGAAAGCCAUUUCGCAAGCUCUGAAAACCUUCACGAGAUUAUUUCGCUAAGUAUUUGGUUGUACAUUGAAAAUUAUGUAUGUAAAUUUUGUAUGGUGCGAUAUCAACUCGUUGAAACCGCACACAACUUUUAACAAUAUAGUUGAAUAGAUUGUGACGUUAUAAGAUAA